AUGGCCGUCCUAGACGAGUAUGUGUGGCUUGUAGUUGUGGGUUCGAUUGUGGCAUUCGGUUUCGGGUGGGGAACUGGAGCCAAUGAUGUAGCCAAUGCCUUCGGUACCUCGGUCGGAAGUAAAACUCUUACUCUUAGGCAGGCGGUCAUUAUCGCUUCUAUAUUCGAAUUCGCCGGUGCCCUGCUCCUGGGAAGAGUUUCUACCAACACGAUAGCUUCUGGAAUUGCAGACAUAGCUUCCUUUACCAGGGACCCCGAAGUGUAUGCAUAUGGAAUGGUCUGUGCAUUGGGCGUCGGUACAGUUUGGCUCAUUCUGACUUCCUAUUGGGGGCUCAAUGUUUCAUCUACUCACUCCAUCAUUGGAGGAAUCAUGGGGUUCGCUCUCGUCUGGGACGGACCUAACGCUGUGAUCUGGGCGAAGAAAGAUUCUCAGUCCUUCCCACCAUACAAGGGAGUGGUAGCCAUUAUCCUCUCGUGGUUCGUGUCUCCAAUCCUCAGUGGUCUUACAGCUGCACUUAUCUUCUUCGUGGUGCGCACUCUCGUGCUAAGACGGAGAAAUGCCUACACGUUGUCCUUCUGGACCCUACCUCCCUUUGUGCUCAUCACCACUUUCAUCAACCUUUACUUUGUCUUCACAAAGGGUGCCAAGAAAACUCUUUCGAGCAAUGACAACUGGUCAGACGCCAAGUCCGCCUGGAUCUCUGCCAUUAUCGCUGCUGGAGUAACACUGAUGUGUAUAUUCUUCGCUCUGCCUCUGCUCAAGAGGAUGGCUGACCGUCAAUUUGACAGUGCUGGAAACCGAAUCGAGAAGACAGCUGACACUCAGCUCGAGAGUGUAAAUACUGAAGGAGACUUAGAGAAAUCCGUCGACAAGACAACUGUAGAACCCAAGCAACUGACCAACUGGCAGAAGUUUAGCAAAGCAGCAACUCACGGAAUGGACGUGGAUAUCCACAAGGUUGUGAAGACUGACGAGAAAAUCGGAAAUAUGCACGAGGCCGCAGAGAAAUUCGAACCACGAGUGGAGUAUGCUUUCAGCUACUUACAAGUGUUCUCAGCCAUUUGCGUGAUCUUCGCCCACGGUGCCGGUGAGGUGGGAUACAUGGCAGGUCCCUUGGCUACCAUCUGGGAUGUCUACCAGAAUGGACAGCUGUCGAAGUCUGUGACUCCUCCCAUCUGGAUCAUAAUCAUCGGGGCUACUGGUCUGGUGAUUGGUCUGGCCACAUACGGUUACAAUGUCACUCGAUCCAUGGGAGUAAAACUAGCGAAAUUGACACCAACUCGAGGAUUUGCUGCUGAGCUAGCGACGGCGUUCGUGAUCAUGAUUGCAUCACAGUACGGGCUUCCUACUUCUUCAAGUCAGUGCAUCACCGGAGCGAUCAUCGGUGUUGGAAUUUUGGAAGGAAGCAAAGGAGUGAACUGGACCUUCUUCUUGAAGCAGUUCGCAUCUUGGGUCUCGACUCUGUUCGUAAUAGGUGUGGUGGUAGCUGCGGUGUUCGCCCAGGGCGUGUAUACUCCGAGUAAGAUCCAAGGGAAGGAGGUGACGAGGUACGAGGAUCGUGUUACGAAUCUGACGACACAAGUUUACAAGGACUUCAACUCUAGCCUUCAGAGCUUCAAGGCUUCAAGUGAUGCCCUGACUCUGACCAAUCUGCCUCCGAGCACCUGGACUCAACUGAAUGACACCAUCAGCAGUGCCACUAAUCAUGCGAAAAAUCUAGCCGACCCCAAGAAGUCUCAAACAACCGACGCUGAUCAAAUUAUGAGUGCUCUGUACAAAUCACUAUCACUCGUUCAAAACUACACCAUCUUCACGCUGGGGCAGAAUUCGGUAUAUCCAGGAGCGGCGGUCUGCAUGGACCCUGCUACAGCAACUUCGAACGCCACCAACCCACAGAGUCCUUGCAAAUCACCACAGCUUGUAAAGUGA